UAUGGACUCUAGCUAUUCAGACAUUCAGUUGGUAAAAUGUCUAAUGAAUAUGGAGAAGUCACAAAAGUAUUUGCUUUUCGACUGAAUCGACAUGGUCUUUAAGGGCAAGAGCGGACCAUUAGCAGGCAGGUGUAGUAGAAGGAGGGAGCAACCUUUGACUCUUAUAACCUAUUUAUGCAUGACGGCUAAAACUAAAAAAGGUGUAUUCGGUCCGACGAUAAUUUCAAAUGUCCGAUAGUUCCGGUCAAUUUCGUGUGUGCGUGUAUGUGUAUAUAUAUGUGUGUGUGUGAGUGUGUGUGAGAGUGUGUGUGCGUUAAUGUGUGUGUGUGUGUGUGUGCAUCUUGAAUCAAAAGAAAAGAGCAACUCGAUUCAAUAUUAGAUCUUCCUCUCUCUCUAUAUUUCUGUAUAAUGCCUAAGGUUAGCGUUUCCGGAACCAAGUACCGUAUGACUCUCGGUUUGCCUGUUGGUGCCGUCAUGAACUGUGCCGAUAACUCUGGUGCCAAGAACUUGUACGUCAUUGCUGUCCGUAACAUCAAGGGUCGCUUGAACAGACUUCCUGCUGCUGGUUGUGGUGACAUGAUUGUCGCUACUGUCAAGAAGGGUAAGCCUGAAUUGAGAAAGAAGGUUUUGGCUGCUGUUGUCGUUCGUCAACGUAAGGCCUGGCGCCGUAGAGACGGUGUUUUCCUCUACUUUGAAGAUAACGCCGGUGUCAUUGUUAACCCCAAGGGUGAAAUGAAGGGCAGUGCUAUCACUGGUCCUGUUGCCAAGGAAUGUGCUGAUUUGUGGCCUCGUAUUGCCUCUGCUUCUGGUACUGUUGUCUAAGCAGCUUUAUCCUAAUAACAACAAUAAAAAAAACACGUCUUUUUUUUUUCUA